GCCCGCCCGCCCCGCUGUCCCUCCGGCCGCGACACACCAGCUCGCGCGCAGCCAACCAGCGUCCGGCGGGGCGGGCGGGGGCGCAGCCGUCACGCGGCGCGGCCGUCACAGCCCGGGACCCGCCCGCCGCCGCAGCCGCUCCGGCCGCCGCGAGGUGCCCCCUGCCCACGGCCACCCCAAGGAGUGACUGUCCACAGGCGCCAAGAUGGCCGGGGCCUCUGUGAAGGUGGCAGUGCGGGUGCGCCCCUUCAACUCCCGCGAGAUGAGCCGCGAGUCCAAGUGUAUCAUCCAGAUGACGGGGAGCACGACCACCAUCGUUAACCCCAAGCAGCCCAAGGAGACACCCAAGAGCUUCAGCUUCGACUACUCCUACUGGUCACACACCUCGCCCGCGGACCCGCAGUACGCCUCGCAGAGGCAGGUGUACCGCGACAUCGGCGAGGAGAUGCUGCAGCACGCCUUCGAGGGCUACAACGUCUGCAUCUUCGCCUACGGCCAGACGGGCGCCGGCAAGUCCUACACCAUGAUGGGGCGCCAGGAGAAGGAGCAGCAGGGGAUCAUCCCGCAGCUCUGCGAGGACCUUUUCUCCCGCAUCAACGACACCACCAACGACAACAUGGCCUAUUCGGUGGAGGUCAGCUACAUGGAGAUUUACUGUGAGCGCGUGCGGGACCUCCUGAACCCCAAGAACAAGGGCAACCUGCGUGUGCGGGAGCACCCGCUGCUGGGCCCCUACGUGGAAGACCUGUCCAAGCUGGCCGUCACCUCCUACAACGACAUCCAGGACCUCAUGGACUCGGGCAACAAGGCCAGGACCGUGGCGGCCACCAACAUGAAUGAGACCAGCAGCCGCUCCCACGCCGUCUUCAACAUCAUCUUCACCCAGAAGCGCCAUGAUGCAGAGACCGACGUGACCACCGAGAAGGUGAGCAAGAUCAGCCUGGUGGACCUGGCAGGAAGCGAGCGGGCGGACUCCACGGGGGCCAAGGGCACCCGCCUCAAGGAGGGUGCCAACAUCAACAAGUCCCUGACCACCCUGGGGAAGGUCAUCUCCGCCCUGGCUGAAAUGGACUCUGGGCCCAACAAGAACAAGAAAAAGAAGAAGACGGAUUUCAUCCCGUACCGCGACUCUGUGCUCACCUGGCUCCUGCGGGAGAACCUGGGAGGGAACUCAAGGACAGCAAUGGUGGCCGCCCUGAGCCCUGCAGACAUCAACUAUGAUGAGACCCUGAGCACCCUGAGGUACGCCGACCGGGCCAAGCAGAUCCGCUGCAACGCCGUCAUCAACGAGGACCCCAACAACAAGCUCAUCCGCGAGCUCAAGGACGAGGUCACCCGGCUGCGCGACCUGCUCUAUGCCCAGGGCCUGGGCGACAUCACCGAGACCGGCACUCUGCCCGGAGGACCCAAAUUGACCAACGCGCUGGUGGGCAUGAGCCCAUCGUCCUCGCUCUCAGCCCUGUCCAGUCGCGCUGCCUCUGUGUCCAGCCUGCACGAGCGCCUCCUGUUCGCCCCUGGCAGCGAGGAAGCCAUCGAGAGGCUGAAGGAGACAGAAAAGAUCAUCGCUGAGCUCAAUGAAACCUGGGAAGAGAAACUGAGGCGCACGGAAGCCAUCCGGAUGGAGAGGGAAGCGCUGCUGGCAGAGAUGGGCGUGGCCAUGCGGGAGGACGGAGGCACGCUGGGGGUGUUCUCCCCCAAAAAGACGCCGCACCUUGUCAACCUGAACGAGGACCCGCUGAUGUCCGAAUGCCUCCUGUACUACAUCAAGGAUGGCGUUACCAGGGUGGGCCGCGAGGAUGGGGAGCGGCGGCAGGACAUUGUGCUGAGUGGACACUUCAUCAAGGAGGAGCACUGCAUCUUCCGGAGUGAUGCCCUCGGAGAUGGAGAAGCUGUGGUGACCCUGGAGCCCUGUGAGGGGGCUGACACCUACGUCAACGGCAAGAAGGUCACGGAGCCCAGCAUCCUGCGGUCAGGAAACCGCAUCAUCAUGGGCAAGAGCCACGUGUUCCGCUUCAACCACCCAGAGCAGGCGCGGCAGGAGCGCGAGCGCACGCCCUGUGCCGAGACGCCGGCCGAGCCCGUGGACUGGGCCUUCGCGCAGCGGGAGCUGCUGGAGAAGCAGGGCAUCGACAUGAAGCAGGAGAUGGAGCAGCGGCUUCAGGAGCUGGAGGACCAGUACCGCCGAGAGCGAGAAGAGGCCACAUACCUGUUAGAGCAGCAGAGGCUGGACUAUGAGAGCAAGCUGGAGGCCCUGCAGAAGCAGGUGGAGUCCAGGUACUACCCAGAGGUGAACGAGGAGGAGGAGGAACCAGAGGAUGAAGUGCAGUGGACGGAGCGGGAAUGUGAGCUGGCGCUGUGGGCCUUCCGGAAGUGGAAGUGGUACCAGUUCACGUCCCUGCGGGACCUGCUGUGGGGCAACGCCAUCUUCCUCAAAGAGGCCAACGCCAUCAGCGUGGAGCUGAAGAAGAAGGUCCAGUUCCAGUUCGUGCUGCUCACAGACACACUCUACUCACCACUGCCCCCCGACCUGCUGCCCCCCGAGGCCGCCAAGGAGCGGGAGACGCGUCCCUUCCCCCGCACCAUCGUGGCCGUGGAGGUGCAGGACCAGAAGAACGGGGCCACCCACUACUGGACACUGGAGAAGCUCAGGCAACGGCUGGACCUGAUGCGGGAAAUGUAUGACCGGGCGGCUGAGGUCCCCUCCAGCGUCAUCGAGGACUGUGACAAUGUGAUGACCGGCGGGGACCCCUUCUACGACCGCUUCCCCUGGUUCCGGCUGGUGGGCAGUUCAGUGGGCGCUGGCUGCGGCAGCUACCCUCUUCUCGACGCGUGCAUGAGCCAGCGCAUGGCUGCUCCCACCCCCUCCCCCACCUUCUCCAGCCCCGACUCCGACGCCACCGAGCCUGCCCUCGAGGAGCAGAGCGUGGGGGAGGAGGAGGAGGAGGAGGACCUGGAGGACAACGUGUUCCGGGAGCACGCGCUGUGUGGCGGCCGGGACCCAUUUUACGACCGGCCCCCGCUGUUCUGUUUAGUAGGAAGGGCCUUCGUGUACCUCAGCAACCUGCUGUACCCCGUGCCGCUGGUGCACCGCGUGGCCAUCGUCAGUGAGAAGGGCGAGGUCAAGGGCUUCCUGCGCGUGGCCGUCCAGGCCAUCUCAGCCGACGAGGAGGCCCCCGACUACGGCUCCGGCGUGCGUCAAUCGGGCACCGCCAGGAUCUCCUUUGACGACCAGCAUUUUGAGAAGUUCCAGUCUGAGUCCUGCCCGGUGGGGGGCCUGUCCCGAUCCGGGACCUCCCAGGAGGAGCUGCGGAUUGUGGAGGGCCAGGGCGGGGGUGCAGACGCGGGGCCCUCGGCCGACGAGGUCAACAACAACACAUGCUCGGCCAUGUCUCCUGAGGGCCACCUCCUGGACAGUCCCGAGAAGGCUGUGGAUGGGCCGGGGGAAGUGGCGCUGGACCACCUGCGUGUGGGCAGCAUCUUCACCUUCCGGGUGACGGUUCUGCAGGCCGCCAGCAUCUCGGCCGAGUACGCCGACAUCUUCUGCCAAUUCAACUUCAUCCACCGCCACGACGAGGCCUUCUCCACGGAGCCCCUGAAGAACACGGGCAGGGGCCCCCCGCUGGGCUUCUACCAUGUGCAAAACAUCGCCGUGGAGGUGACGCGCUCCUUCGUGGAGUACGUGCGCAGCCAGCCUGUGGUGUUCGAGGUGUUCGGCCACUACCAGCAGCACCCCUUCCCGCCGCUCUGCAAGGACGCCCUCAGCCCCCUGAGGCCCUCCCGUCGACACUUCCCUCGGGUCAUGCCGCUGUCCAAGCCAGUGCCUGCCACCAAACUCAGCACAUUGGCGCGGCCCAGCCCUGGGCCCUGUCACUGCAAAUAUGACCUGCUGGUCUACUUCGAGAUCUGCGAGCUGGAGGCCAACGGAGACUACAUCCCUGCCGUGGUGGACCACCGAGGCGGCAUGCCCUGCAUGGGCACCUUCCUGCUGCACCAGGGCAUCCAGAGGCGCAUCACUGUGACGCUGCUUCACGAGAGCGGCAGCCACAUCCGCUGGAAGGAGGUCCGCGAGCUGGUAGUGGGCCGCAUCCGGAAUACCCCGGAGACAGACGAGCCCCUCAUCGACCCCAACAUCCUCUCUCUCAGCGUGCUCUCUUCCGGCUACGUCCACCCAGCCCAGGAUGACCGGCAGUUUCUUGAUUCGGACAUGCCUAGCGCUCCCUUCGGAGAUGAGUCUAGAACAUUCUACCAGUUUGAGGCCGCGUGGGACAGCUCCAUGCACAACUCGCUGCUGCUGAACCGCGUCACACCCUACCGAGAGAAGAUCUACAUGACACUCUCCGCCUACAUCGAGAUGGAGAACUGCACGCAGCCAGCCGUCAUCACCAAGGACUUCUGCAUGGUCUUCUACUCGAGGGACGCCAAGCUGCCCGCUUCCCGCUCCAUCCGCAGCCUGUUCGGCAGCGGGGGCCUGCGGGCCUCGGAGAGCAACCGGGUGACGGGCGUGUACGAGCUGAGCCUGUGCCAUGUGGCCGACGCGGGCAGCCCAGGGAUGCAGAGGCGGCGCCGGCGGGUGCUGGACACGUCCGUGGCCUACGUGCGGGGCGAGGAGAACCUGGCGGGCUGGAGGCCGCGCAGCGACAGCCUCAUCCUGGACCACCAGUGGGAGCUGGAGAAGCUGAGCCUGCUGCAGGAGGUGGAGAAGACCCGGCACUACCUGCUCCUGCGGGAGAAGCUGGAGGCGGCGCAGCGCCACGGCCCCGAGGCCCUGACCCCGGGCAGCGAGGACGCGGACUCCCGGAGCUCGUCCAGCGCCUCCUCGCCGCUCUCGGCCGACGGGCGCCCCUCGCCCGACGAGGCCCCGAACGAGCGGCAGCGCGAACUGGCUGUCAAGUGCCUGCGCCUCCUCACGCACACCUUCAACCGCGAGUACUCCCACGGCCACGUCUGCGUCAGCGCCAGCGAGAGCAAGCUCUCGGAGAUGUCGGUCACCCUCCUGCGGGACCCGUCCAUGUCCCCCGUGGGGGCGGCCACGCUCACGCCCUCGUCCACGUGCCCGUCCCUUGUGGAGGGCCGGUACGGGGCCACCGACGCGAGGACGCCGCCGCCCUGCUCGCGGCCCGCCAGCCCCGAGCCCGAGCCGCUGCCCGACGCCGCCGCCGCCGCCGGGAAGGCCGCCAGCCCGAGCCCCGCCGCCGCCGAGCCGCCGCGCGCGCUGCUGCCCGACGUGCAGGAAAUCCGCGUGAGCCCCAUCGUGUCCAAGAAGGGCUUCCUGCACUUCCUGGAGCCGCACACGGCCGGCUGGGCCAAGCGCUUCGUGGUGGUGCGCCGGCCCUACGCCUACAUGUACAACAGCGAGCGCGACGCCGUGGAGCGCUUCGUGCUCAACCUGUCCACGGCGCAGGUGGAGUACAGCGAGGACCAGCAGGCCAUGCUCAAGACCCCCAACACCUUCGCCGUGUGCACCGAGCAUCGGGGCAUCCUGCUGCGCGCCAACAGCGACAAGGACAUGCACGACUGGCUCUACGCCUUCAACCCGCUCCUGGCCGGCACCAUCCGGUCCAAGCUGUCGAGACGGAGGUCUGCGCAGAUGCGGGUGUGAGCCCGGCGCCUCGGCCGCCCCCACCCCUGCCGCGUCUGGCCCUCAGUGUCUCUGCCGCCGCCCUCGGGGGACGUGACCCCACGACCCAUCCCGGCUCCCCAGGCCGCUUGUCCCAUCUGCUGUGGGCUGCCCCGAGUGGGGCGGAGCUGGGGCGCGCGCGGGGCACGGGAUCCCCCCGGCUGAGCGGGUAUUUUUCUAAGCCUAGACAGAUACGACUAAUGCUUCGUAGUCAGUGUGCCCGCGGGAACUAACUGAUCGUGUCCUGUUGACAAGUAUUUAUUUCUAACCACCACUAGACUGUAGAACUCCCGACCCCCCACCCCCCACCCCGGUUGAGAGUCUGCCCAGCCUCCACUGACCCCCAGACCGUGCCUGACACAGGGUGAGCCAAGCAAGACUUCCGUGUUGGCCCCUGGGGAGAGUGUUUGGGUCAUGUCCCCCAGGGCCUUCCCCGUGUCUGAUUGUCUCCGUGGGUCCCCUACUGAGGCCCCUCAGAAAUGCACAGCCAGGGGUCCUCUGCCGGCCAAGGAGGUCCACCCUCAGCCAGAGUCCUAUGCCCUCCCAGUCCCCCAAAACGGCCAGCUCGGCCACCCCCACCCAGGCCUGGGGCGCGAAGUUCUGGUUAAUUCUCUGAUUCUCCCGGGAAGCUGCUCAGCCCUGCAGGGGGUGUAAGGAGGAAGUGCAAGGGGGGCGCGGUGCUAGGGCUGGAAGAGGACACGGAGCUUGUCUCACACCCACCUCCCACCCGGCCUCACACCCAGCCUUCACCUGGGCUCACUGCUGAUCUCUCACCUGGGCUCACCGCUGAUCUCUCACCUGGUUUCACCUCGCCUCCGCUCCCGGUCACGUCUCAUCUGACCUCUCUGGCCUCACACUUGACCCCUCACCUGACCUCCCACCUGACCUCCCACCUGGUCUCUUACCUGGUCUCUCCCCUGACCUCUAACCCGAUCUUCCGCCCGACCUUUCUCCUGACCUCACCUGACCUCUCACCUGACCUCCCACUGACCCCACCCCCCUGAUCUCUUACUGACUUCUGAUCUCUCCUGACCUCACCUUAGCUCUCACAGCUGACCUUUGCCACCUGGCCUCACAUCUAAAGCACAGGCUCCACGGCAUUGUCGGGACAGCCCAGUGUGCCGCAUGUGUGACCCACGUGUGGGGGCAGCAGGAACACCAGUUCCGGCUCCCGGGCAGAGGAAUGUAGGACCAUGUUCCAGGAAGAGGGUCCGAGCCCCUCGGUGCCCACUCAGGCCAGCCAGCCUGACACGGCCGCAGGUGCCCGGGGCCAGCCAACCUGCAGAGCACCUGCGUGGAGGGGCCCACCCAGGAGACCCACAGCCAUGGGCCCCCUGGGAGGCUUCGUCCCCGACUGCUGCCCGCCUCUGUGGGGCCCCACGCUUGUGCCCACCCCCCACACUACCCCCACCCACCCCCGAAGAUAAGCCCCUUCACAGCCUGGGUCUUGGUUUCCACAUCCGACGCCUGGAGACAGCUGAGCACCAGGGAAGGCCCCUGGGGAAGGCGGAGGGCCGGGAGGCAGAAGGGAAAGAUCCAGAGGGCCAGCACGCUCGCUCUGUGGUGAUUUAGGGACAGGCUGAGGGCUCCCACCUGUUGGGACUUGAGGAAGGGCCACUGGGUCUUGCAUGAGCCAGUGUGCCCACGGGAGAGGAGGCCCCGGAGGCGCUGUGGUCUCUCUAAGACACCGACAUUCCAUUCACCGUACAUGCACACGCACACACAUGCAAAGUCUGUCCACAUGCACUCACAGGCACACACACAUGUCCACAGGCAUUGACACGGCGCACACACACUUGCACACACGCAGGGCAGCUGGGGUCCUGGUCAGUCCUGCCCCCGCGCCCCUCCGAGUCUGGCUGGCAGGUCCCUGAUGCUCCCAUCACUUCCCCGUGGCACCCGAGGGGCUUCUUUCAUCCAGGGCCUGCAUCAGGCAGGCCCUGGGGAGAGGCCUCGGCUGCUCCCAGACCUGAGCCCCCGUAGUAGUCAUGCCCCAAGUUCCCGUGGCUUGUACAUACGUGGUUGUGUGGCACCCUGCCCCUGCCGUCCGCCCGAGCGUCAGGCUCCUGUACUGUGUCCUCCGCCCGUUGACUCCGAAUAAACGUGGCCCCAUACUCAGCACCAGA